AUGCAGGAUAUGGGCAACCAGGGGAUCAGACACCGCUCCUACUCCUCCCCCAAGAUUAGCCUGCUGCCCCCCCGCUUCUCCCGCAAAACCCUAGCCACGCCUGCAACCUCUGACCUCAGCCCAGAACAGAGAACAUUCAGUCUAUCAGAGCAGCCUCUCGAAAAAAGGGAGUUAAGGUUUCGUAAGCGUGCCCAGUCUGCAGACGACGAGGGCAGCGUUGAGCUGGCAGAGUCCCUUCAACACCUCACCCUCUCAGAGUUCCUCAAAGAAAUUGAAGAGGAGGAGUGGGACAAGUACAACAUCCCCUCCAAGAUGGAGUCAGAGAAAUACAAAGUGAUUCGUACCUUCAGCUUCCUCAAGAGUAGGAUGUCCACCACUCGCAACAAGAACAAGGGAAAGGGGAAGGAGAAGGAGAGAGAGAAGGGCAAGGAGAAGGAGAGAGAGAAGGAAGGGAAAGACAAGGACAAACAGCAGAAUGGACAUCGUUUCUCCACGGGUUCCUGUGCUGGUCCCACCGUCUGUCUGGUCUGUGACAAACCUGCUACUGGCAAGGACCUUCUGCACUGCUCCUGUUGUACAGUCAUGGUCCAUAAGGGUUGUAAGGACUCUGCUCCCCCGUGUCUAAAGAAACUUCAGGAUAAGUAUGCAGUGACUAUGGUGAAGAACCGAACAGCAUCCCUCCCGCAGAGUGAGUUUUACAUCACACAGUCCAAAGGUCAUUGAUGUCAUGGCUUGUUGUUGUCAUCCCGUGAAGCACUCAG